CUAGAUGUCACUAACAAAACUGAAUAAAACUGUCAAUUUCACAACUUGACAAAUUUUAAAACUAUACAAUCUUAAUUUCAUUAAGAAAACAACAAAAUUAAUUAAAUAAUUCAUUGAAAAAUGGAACAUUUACCUCCGUUACAAACUUCCAAUGCAGUGUCAACUCCAGUAGAGUUUGAACUUGUUGGGUUACAACAAAUUGAAAAUAUCAAAGUAUGGGGCGACGAACAUGAAAAUUUGGAGGGUCAAGCUUUAAAGGAGUUGAAAAUUUUUCAAGACAUUGAACAUCGGGAUGAAGAAGAAGGUGAAAUCAAAGAUAACGAAAAUGUUGCAAAGGUUUCUGGUGGGUUUUUAGACAUUAAUCAGUAUUUAAAGAGUCAGGAAGAUCUUAAGAAAAAAUUUGAGCGUAAAAAAACAUUGAUUGAUGAAAAACGUAAUAAUAAAAUUAUUUUUAAAGAACAUAAAAGAAAAAAACGUAAAUUUACAAAGGAAUCUGUCGAAAAAGCCUGUGAAAAUGAGUCUAAAAAAGAAAAAAACGAAGAUUCUGAUAGUGAUUACAUUCCUUCCGAUGAUGAUUUGCCCGAAAAAGAAUAUAACAGAGGUAUAACUGAAUGUGUUAAAAGAAAACGAAAAACUGGUUUAGUCGAUAAGGUUAUCGACGAUGGGAACUUAAGUUAUUACAAACAUCGUUUAAAUGAGUAUUAUAAAAAAUUAGAAGAAAAAAAUUGUAAAGAAGGUUUAGAAUUUACCAAAAUCAGUAAACAUUUAAAAAUGUUAAAGAAAACAUGGGAUAAUUUAUAUAGUUAUCAAAGAAAAGGGGUUGAGUGGCUUUGGAGACUUCAUAAGCAAUCGCAUGGUGGUCUUUUAGGCGAUGAGAUGGGGUUAGGAAAAACUGUUCAGGUUAUCGCAUUUUUUUCAGCAUUAAGUAACAACAGUUUCGUUUCUAAUUAUUGCAGAUAUACAGGUUUAGGUCCUGUUAUAAUUGUUUGUCCAACCACGGUUAUUUAUCAAUGGGUUCAACACUUUCAUGAUUGGGCACCAGAAAUUAGAGUAGCCAUUUUACAUACAACAGGAAGUUUUAUAGGAAGCAAAUCAGUAUUAAUUAAAGACAUUUUUAAAGCAAAAGGAGUUUUGGUGACUUCUUAUUUUGGAAUGUUGCAAUUACAUAAAGAACUCGUAAAUUUCGAUUGGCAUUACAUCGUGUUAGAUGAAGGUCAUAAAAUAAGAAAUUCACAAGCUAAGAUAACUUUGGCUGUUAAAAAAUUUCAAACUCCUCAUAAAUUAAUUUUAACUGGAUCGCCGAUGCAAAAUAACCUUCAAGAACUUUGGAGUUUAUUCGAUUUUAUUUGUCCGAGUAUGUUGGGUUCUUUACAAGUAUUCAAUGAACACUUCGUCACACCAAUAAUACAGGGUGGUUAUACAAACGCUACUUACGAACAAGAAACAACAGCUUUAGCAAUGGCAACGACUUUAAAAGAUAUGAUUUCUCCUUAUUUGUUAAGAAGAUGUAAAAAUGAUUUGAAGGAAGAUAUUCAUUUACCCCAAAAACGCGAACAAGUUUUAUUUUGUUCUUUAAGUAACGAACAAAGAGAAUUAUAUAAAGAAUUUUUAAAAAGUUCUCACGUUGAGGUUAUUUUGGGUAAAAAUAAUAAUAAUAAAAAUUGGUUUUCUGAACAACACACUCGAGCUCAAGUUUUAGUUGGAAUAACUAUGUUAAGAAAAGUUUGUAAUCACCCAAGAACCUAUUUAGAUGAAUUGGAUGAAACGAAAAUGAAUCUUGAUACAGAUCAGGAAGAAAACGAAAAAAAUAUUGAUUAUAAACGAUCGGGUAAAAUGAUUGUUGUUUCCGCUUUAUUAAAAAUGUGGAAAAAACAAAGUCAUAGAGUUUUAUUGUUCACUCAAAGUAGAUCGAUGAUAAAAAUUUUUGAGAGUUUCCUAGUUUCGGAAGGUUAUUGUUACUUAAAAAUGGAUGGAUCAACUUCCGUUACAUCAAGACAAGGAUUAAUUAACAAAUUUAACCAAGAUAAUUCAUUCGAUGUUUUUUUAUUAACCACAAGAGUCGGUGGAUUAGGUGUUAAUUUAACCGGAGCUGAUCGAGUUAUUAUUUAUGAUCCCGAUUGGAACCCAGCAACAGAUACUCAAGCACGAGAAAGAGCUUGGAGGAUCGGACAAGACAAACAAGUCACAAUUUAUAGGUUAAUUUCAGCUGGAACUAUCGAAGAAAAGAUAUAUCAAAGACAAGUUUGGAAACAACUUUUAAGCAAUAAAGUCCUCUUAGAUCCAAAAUCACAAAAGUUUUUUACAACAUCCGAUCUACACGAUUUAUUUUCAUUACAAGAACCAAAUUCGAACGAUUCAGAAACUGGAAAUAUUUUUAAAAAAGCUCGUGUUUCCGUUCAAGAAAAAUUGGAAAAGCAAAAACAAAUAAAAGAAACUAAAACAAAAAAGAUUACCGAAAAAAUUACUUUUACCGAAGAUAAAAUCGAACAGAUGAAACGCAAAGCUCAAGAAAUAGCUAAAAAUAUUGCAAGUAAAUCUGAAAAUGAUUUAAGAAACAAAAAGAAAUUUGCGUAUGAAUUUGAAGAAGAAAUGGAAAGGAAACAUAAAGAAGCCGAAAGAAAUUUUAUGAAAAAACUCUCACCUCAAGAAUUAAUGGAGUAUAAUAGGAAAAAAUUAAAUGAAAAUGUUGAUUCGAGUGUUAAUAAAUUAGAUGAUUUUAAAACCGGGGCAAGUUUUUCUCAAGCUUUGGAAAUUUGUGAAAAAACAUCGACAAUUUAUCACCGUAUGAGAGAAGAAAAAUUAGAUAUGGAUAAAGCUCAGGAUAUUUACGAAGGAUUUACAAAAAAAAUUAUCAAACAACCUGACAUAUUAAAAAGAAAGAAUAAAAAAAAUUGUAUUGAUGUGAGUGGAAGAGUUGAUGGUGAAAAAAUUGAGAAUUUAAUUAAAAUUGAAAGUAGGAAACUUACCGAAGAAGAAAAUAAUUUUAAUGAUAAUCAAGAUGAUUAUGUUUUAGGAAAAUUGUUUUCUAAAAAGGGUGUUCAAUCCGCAUUACAACACGAUAUUAUUGUGGAAUCGAACAUUAAGGAACGAAAAAAUAGGUUUAGUGCUUUUACUGAAGCUCAAAAUAAAACGGAGAUAGCUUUACAAGCUUUAAGAAAAUCUAGACUUCGUGAUUGGAGGUGGUAAUCUUUAUGUAUUAAUUAUUUUGUUAAUUUUAUUUUCAUAUUUUGUAUUUUUAUAUUCAAAAUAGUUUAUCCAUUCUUAGAAUAUACUUUUUUUUUAAAUAAGUCAACUAAUUAAUCUUUAACCAACUUUCAUCUCAAUAUGGUGUGUAUAUAUAUAUAUAUAUAUAUAUAUAUAUAUAUAUUAAAGAGAAUUCAGGAAGGGUUAAUGCAAUUUAUUAUCAAUUGUAGCGUAGUUUCUCAAAGAAAAAGCUGCCAAGUUAUAAAUUUGAAAGUGUGUGCAUAUACAAAACAAACAAAACUUUUGCUAUUGGGCCCACGAUUAUCCUCGCAAUAUCCACGAAAUACCUUUUCAUAUUGUGCAUGUGAUAGUUUGGUGUGUAAUUACCUCUUUCGGUAUAAUCAGACUAUACUCUGUCUUUAAACCAGGAGGAGUAAACGCGAAAGUCAGAUUUACACUAGGAAAA